AAAACCUGAAAUUCCAGAAAGGAAUUGCUGCGAUAUCGAAACACUAGCUCUCCGUUCACAGGAUCAGCAAUAUUGUCGUCAAGCCCAAUGCCCAUUGGUGGACCAAUUUCUCCGGAUUUCUUGCACCAAUUAUGCCUGCGCGCUUCCAGUCUCGCCAUUCAACCAUGGACAAAACACGUCGACUCCCGUCAGCCACUUCAUCGACAUUUGCUACGCGCAAUGGCGUCUACGACCCCCCUGAGCGACCCCCUGGUCACGGUGCUGGGCCCAGAUCCCCGGCACCGGAAAUGCGUGCUCAACGGCAACGCCUUUCAGCAAGACGCCAUCACCUCGCACAACGGCUGGCAGUACGCCGUCUUCUAUAGCCCACUUCGAGCCGAAGCGUCCGAACAAGUGUUCGUCCAUGUCGCCCGCCGCAAGCUCCCCGUCGCGCCAUGGGAGGUGCUCGUCCUCGACGACUACCCGCAGACCGUUGACGACGGCCACAACACGGUCCAGAUGGGCAUCUGCGCCGGCGACGGCACCAUCCAUCUCUCAUAUGACCACCACUGUGACGUUCUACGGUACCGCUAUUCCGUCAAGGCUCUCGCCUCGGACCCAGACUGCUUCCCCUGGACCUCGGCCCUCUUCACACCAACGCUGGACCACCUGCCGGGCCUGCCCCGAACCCAUGAGCACUUUGGCUACGUGACCUACCCACGCUUCGGCCCGGCCGGCGGCGGCAGGGACAUGUUCCUGUCGUUCCGGACCGGGAAGGCCGGGCUGGGUGACGACCACCUCUAUGUCUACCGCGUAGGCGAUGACGGCGGUCGCUUCGAGUUUGUCGGCACCCACCUCGUCGGCCUGCAGAACAACCCCUAUGUACACGGCAUGGACUACCAGGUCCGCGAAGACGGCGGUCGUCUGCACGUCACGUGGGUCUACCGCGGCUUCGUGCACUACGACGGCUGGGAUGACCUGCUCGACACCAAGCAUAAGCAGCAGGCCGGCCCCAAUGGCGCCGAGAACAACCAUAAUCUGUGCUACGCGUACAGCGACAACGAUGGGCGCACGUGGCGGAACACGCACGGCGCGCUUGUUGCAGAUUUGGGUCCUGGCGAUGGCCGCGGAGUGACGCCCGACGCGCCGGGCUUGGUCGUCUUUGACAUUCCCAAAGGCUCCGGGCUCACAAACCAGGAGAGCCAGGCUGUCGAUGCGGAGGGGGGUGUGCACGUCCUAAAUAGGACAUUCGAGGGCGAGGGCCGGCCGAUGUGGAGGCACUUCUAUAGGGAGCCCGCAGGGGCCUGGAAGCAGCACACCAUUGGCCCCGUCACCGGCAGCAAGCGAGGCAGGCUCGCCGUCGCCAAGUCGGGUGAUCUGCUCGCCAUCCUCCCCGACUCAGAUGCGUCUACCCUACGAAUCCUUCGAGCGGUGAAGGAGAGUAAAUAUACAGAGUUCCAGCAGGUCUGGCAGGGCAGCGGCCUUUCGGGGGAACCCCUUGUCGACGUCCGCAGAUUACAAAAUGAUGAGACCUUGUCGGUCUUUGCGAGGCUGGACGCUGGUGGAAGCAAAAACGUCGUUGUCUUGGACUUCAAACUAACCCAUAAAUAUUAAAAUCCGCACCCAUACUCUUUCAAUCUCCGUCCCUACG